UUUCAUUUUCGUGGGCAUGAACCUUAAUUUCCGAAUAUUAUGUCCGAAGCAAGCACGAAAAUGAAAUCGUAGUUUUGAAGUGUUAAGAAAAUAAAUGGAGGGUCCGGCAUGAAGGUAGAGCAACCAAAUCAUGAUGCUCAAACGCCACUCCCUCGCCGACCGCCUCUUCCAACUCUUUCUCUUCGCCGUCGGAGUUUCCGUGGGCGCCGUAUCCAUUCUAUGUCUCCGAAGCUUCUCCUUCGCCAUUCCCUCCAUCCCCUUCUCCACAUUAAAAUCAUCCAGCCCAGUACUUCUGGAAACGCGGGAUGUUUCGUUGAAGUUGAUGAUGCACAACAUGAGCGAUGCUGAGUUGCUGGCGCGAGUUGGCAAUACUACGUCGUAUAAGGUGGCGUUCAUGUUCUUGACGCCGGGGCCGCUGCCGCUUGCGCCGGUGUGGGACAGGUUUUUCAAAGGGCAUCAAGGCCUUUACUCCGUCUAUGUUCAUCCUCAUCCUUCCUACAACCAUUCUGCGCCGCCCCAUUCUGCUUUCUAUGGCAGGACCAUUCCCACCCAGGCUGUAUAUUGGGGUACAAUAACAAUGAUCGAUGCAGAAAGAAGGCUACUAGCAAAUGCACUUCUAGAUUCAUCUAAUCAACGAUUCGUACUACUCUCUGAUUCAUGCAUUCCAGUAUUCAAUUUCACCACAAUCUACAACUACCUCAUGGGGACUAACAAAAGCUUCAUAGGAUCAUUCGACGACCCACGAAAGAUGGGUCGUGGGCGUUACAACCACCACAUGUGGCCGAAUAUCACCAUCGAGCAGUGGAGGAAAGGGUCGCAGUGGUUUGAGGUCCAUCGUGACCUGGCCGUCAAAAUUGUCUCCGAUCAGAAAUACUAUUCCUUAUUCCGUGAGUUUUGUCACCCGCCGUGUUACAACGACGAGCACUAUCUGCCUACAUUGAUCAACAUUCUUUACUCGGAUUCAAACUCGAACAGGACCAUCACGUGGGUUGACUGGUCAAGGGGCGGACCUCAUCCGAGGAAAUUCGGGUGGAUCGAUGUGAAACCCGACUUGUUGAACUAUAUCCGGUUUGGAUCCGAGUGUAUAUACAACGGGAAUACCACUAAUUUGUGUAACCUUUUUGCAAGGAAAUUUCUGCCCAACACAGUUGGCCCAUUGUUGAAGCUUGCUACCUGGCUCCUAGGAUUUGAUCCUUGAUUCAUUUUUGUUUAUUUGUUUAUUAUGAUUGAAUUGUACGGAAUCUGAGUAAUUGUUUGGCAAUGAAUAUUAUAUUUGCUAA